CAGCAGUCAAGUCAAUGGCUGCUAAUUGUGGCCAUCUAGUCUCUCCCUGGAGACUGCCCCUGUUUUUAUUGCUCCUGCUACCAUGACUAGAGACACUCACAAUUUCAGCUGCUCACUUACAGAAUACAGCAGAAAUGUUCAUAACUGUUCUUUAUGGAGACAGUGAAGAGAUGCUGUUUAAUAUCAACUGUAAAGUUCAACUCCUUCUAGAAUGUAUGAAGAACUCUUGUCACUAUGAAAAUGAAGGGGAAAUAGAACUUGCAGAUGGCAGUGGACAAGUGAAGAAUCUUCUGGAGAACCAGCAGUGUUAUGCCAAUGAGCUCCUCAGUGAAAGGGAGACGUGUGUCCUGCUUGCCGUGAAUAGGUCCCCGGACUCCUCAGAUGUCAUAUUUACCCCAUUACUGAAUGAUGAUACCAUUGUAAAUGCCAAAUUUUUAGGUAAGGGUGAACCUUUAGAAUUCCACAAAUAUCUUGCCAAGUCCCUACAGCUCAAGCAAUCUACAUAUUAUGUGGUCUCCAUUCUGUAUUAUGUAUUUGACAUCAUCGAGAAAUUACUUCAUUUUCAUCAACACUCUCUAUUUCAGUUAUACUGACUAUAUACAAGACUAUGCAGCUAAUGCUAAAUUCUGCAACUGUCUAAUAUAAUUUGGGGGAAUUUAUCAUUCACCCCAUGCCACUUUUCUGGUGCAAAAUAUUGUCGCAAGUGGCAUUUCUAUGCUGCCCUAGCCAAUUUCAGAAAAAAGGGGGAGUGGGAAGAAAGGGUAGCUUUCAAUUUAGAUGCACAGGGUGCUGGAGGAUGUGCCUAAUAUAUAUUGAGGCUUGCAUCUAGCCAUAAAUGAGGUGCGUCCUCUAGGAGCACAUGCAAGAUCACAAACCAGCAUAAAAUGCCGGUCUUUGGUAAAUUCCACCCUUUGUGUUUACCUUACCAUUUUUAAGAUGUCUACUUAAUGACAGUGAAUAGGAUCAUUCCAGUUUAUAUCAGAGGCUGACAACAAAAGUUCAUUUAUUUCAGAAAUGCAACUUAAAAUUAGAAUUUUGUGAAAAGGUUCCAUAUUCUAGGCUCAAAGUGUCACA